UUUGCCCAGCACUGUGUGUUCCCCAUGAAGCCUGUCAUUGUCCCCGUUCUCCAUCCACAGAAAUCCAGCAUCCUCACCCGGGCUGGCGAGCAGCGCAAGCGGAGCCAGUCCAUGAAGUCUUACCCAUCCAGUGAGCUGCGCAACAUGUGUGACGAGCAUGUGGCCUCUGAGGAGCCGGCUGAGAAGGAGGACCUGCUGCAGCAGAUGCUGGAGAGGAGAUACACUCCCUACCCCAACCUAUAUCCUGACCAGUCCCCAAGUGAAGACUGGACCAUGGAAGAGCGCUUCCGCCCACUGACCUUCCACGGCCUUGUCCUCCGCUCACAGCUUGUCACCCUGCUGGUCCGAGGAGUGUGUUAUUCCGAGAGUCAGUCC